GCUGGGCCCUCCCCCGGCGCCUGCAGCCUCCCGGAUCCCGCCCCUGCCUCGCUCCCGCCCGCCGCAGCCGCCCGCCCGCGGAUCCCGGAGCCGCCGACCCCCGCAGAGGACCGACUGCCCAGACUGCGGGUCCCGGGGCUCCCUGGGCGGGGCCGAUCCCAGGGAGCCCCCCUGACUGCCUCCCAGAGCAGGGUGGGGAAAGGGAUCUUAGCCCGCCGCCGCCUCCGAGCGGGCCGCCAGCUUUAUUCAUAACAGCCCCAAACGGGAAAGAGCCUGAUGUCCCAUCAUGGUGAGUGGAUAAACAGAUUGUGGUUUAUCUGCUCGAUGGAAUACUCCUCAGCGAUAAAAAGGAUCCAAGUACCGACUGACGCAUGCAACAACGCGGGCGGAUCACAGAGACGUUAUCCUGAAGGAAAGAAGACAUAGGGGAACAUACUGAUUCCGGCGGCCUGAGAUGGGCGCCCGGCCUUCGCGGCGGCGGCUGCCCGCGGACCAGCCCAUAGCCUUGGACGCGCUGCCCCCGGAGCUGCUCGUGCAGGUGCUGAGCCACGUGCCGCCGCGCGCAUUAGUGACGCGCUGCCGCGCAGUGUGCCGCGCCUGGCGCGACGUGGUGGACGGGCCCACCGUGUGGCUGCUGCAGCUAGCCCGCGACCGCAGCGCCGAGGGCCGCGCACUCUACGCUGUGGCCCAGCGUUGCCCGCCCAACAACGAAGACGAGGAGUUCCCGCUCUGCGCCCUGGCGCGUUACUGCCUGCGCGCACCCCUCGGCCGCAACCUCAUCUUCAACUCCUGCGGAGAGCAGGGCUUCAGAGGCUGGGAGGUGGAGCACGGCGGGAAUGGCUGGGCCGUGGAAAAGAACCUAACACUGGUGCCGGGGGCUCCUUCCCAGACCUGCUUCGUGACUUCUUUCCAAUGGUGCUUCAAGAGGCAGCUUGUGGACUUGGUGAUGGAGGGGGUGUGGCAGGAGCUGCUGGACAGCGCCCAGAUUGAGAUCUGUGUGGCCGACUGGUGGGGUGCCCGCGAGAACUGUGGCUGCAUCUACCGGCUCCGGGUCCGCCUCCUGGACGUGUACGAACACGAAGUGGUCAAGUUCUCGGCCUCCCCCAACCCGGUCCUUCAGUGGACUGAGAGAGGCUGCCGACAGGUGUCUCAUGUCUUCACCAACUUUGGCAAGGGCAUCCGAUACGUGUCUUUCGAGCAGUAUGGGAGGGACACGCGUUCCUGGGUAGGGCACUACGGCGCCCUCGUGACCCACUCCAGUGUGAGGGUCAGGGUCCGCCUGUCCUAGCCGACCAGCCUGAGCCAGCCUUCCAGAGUGUACUGCCGUCUGCCAGACAUCAUCAGUCAAAGACAGCUUUGCAGUCGGGAGCCGGAUGCCUGUGGACAGUGAGGGUCCCAUGCGGCCCAUUCCUGGCACACCUCCAGUGAACCCCACUUGCUGCUGCUUCAGCACGGUAUCACACAUGCUGUGCAAGAAACCAGGGAUCUAGGGCGCCUGGGUGGCUCAGUAGGUUGAGUGUCUGCCUCUUGAUCUCAGCUCAAGACGUGACCUCGUGGUUUGUGAGAUCGAGCCCUGUGUCGGGUUCCGCGCGGACAGUGCAGAGCCUGCUGGGGAUUCUCUCUCCCUCUCUCUGCCCUCCCCUCGCUCAUGCUCUCUCUCUCAAAAUAAAUAAAAUAAAAAAGAAAGAAAC